AUGGAGGUUCUGCAGCACCUACAAACGGUGUGUUUUGCCAUUAAUUGGCAAAAGAGCGCCCUGGAGUACUGGGGAAACCCUCAGACCCUGUCUUCCGGGGUUCCCCUGGGCAGAGUGACGUCAUAUGUGACGGUGUACAUGGACGCGUCCCUCACUGGCUGGGGGGGAAUGUGCGAGUCACAGGUGGUGGGAGGGGUCUGGCCUCCUCCCCCUCUCCCUCACAUAAACUGCCUGGAGCUGUCCACGGUGCUGAAGGUGUUGAAACACUUUACACCAAUGGUGACAGGGAGACAUGUCGUCGUGCGGACAGACAACAUCACGGCGGCAGCAUUCAUAAACCGCCAGGGCGGCAUACGCUCAGCCCGGCUGCUGGAAAUAGCCAGAUGCCUCCUGCUAUGGGCGCACAGCCACCUGCUGUCCCUCAAAGCAGUAUAUAUCCCUGGGAUUUUGAACCGGGCGGCCGACUUGAUGUCGAGGGGGGGGCCCUCCCACAACGAGUGGAGAUUGAAUCCCACUAUCGUUCAAAUGUUAUGGAGCAGUUUCGGGGAAGCGGAAGUGGAUCUGUUCGCUUCACGAGAAAACACACAGUGCACACUGUGGUUUUCCUUGAGCGCGCGGGACAAUCCUCCCCUCGGCGUAGACGCCUGCUCCCACAAACCAUGGCCGAAAACCCUCCUUUAUGCUUUUCCCCCGGUCCCUCUGAUCCCUCGCCUCCUGGAGCGCGUCCAGGAGGAGAAUCUGUUAAUUGUUCUGGUGGCACCGGAGCGCACAAGCGCGUCCUGGUUCCCAACCCUCAAUCAGCUGCUGGUAACUCCCCCCCGGCAGAUUCCGUGGCGGUGA